UGUUACUGCGCACUUCGCGAGUAAUAUUGAUGGGGAAAGUAAAAUUCUCUUCUUUUCUCGUUUAAUACUUAAUGAUAUUUAAACAAAAGAAUUUAAUUAAACAUCUUUAGGGUUGCAUUUUUAUUUGGAAUCAUUCAGAUUUCAUCAUUAUUACGUGACGUUUUAUCGAACAUCAUAAAUCUUCAACCACGUUGCCAUUUCGAAAUUUUUCAUUAAUUUUUAUUUAUAUUUUCGCGCGCUGUUAGCAUUGAAAAAUGUAGAUUGUGGAAUAUGGAUCGCCUGUUGCUAGAAUUUGUUUUAAGGAAUGGAAUAAUGGAAUGGUUUAAUAUAUAUGAGGCCUAGAAAAGAAAACUUUAACCUCAACUAUGGACGUAAUAUUAAUUUGGCACAUGUUUCUGUUAUGAGUACGUUAUCACUGUUUGUUAACGAUACAAAGUGAUUUAUUGGAAGUCAUUAUUACGUUGUAUAUUUUUCUACACGAAAAUUAGUAUUUAUUAAAAUAAAUAAUUUUGUAAUCCGUAAAAAAAGUUAAAUGGAGUUUACAGAAUUGUCUACAGAUCUGAUGCCAGAGGUGAAAUCACAGAUUUUAUGCUGUGAAUGUGCCACUCCAAUCGAGCCUAAUCCUACAAACAUGUGCAUAGGAUGUUUACGUACACAGGUGGACAUUACAGAAGGUAUUCCUAAGCAAGCAAUUUUGUACUUUUGCAGAAAUUGUGAAAGAUAUUUGUUGCCGCCUGGUGAGUGGGUGAAAGCUGCUCUAGAAUCUAGAGAGCUUUUGGCUUUGUGCUUGAAGAAACUGAAAGGGCUCAGCAGAGUAAAAUUAGUUGAUGCUGGAUUUAUCUGGACAGAGCCACAUUCUAAACGGAUAAAAGUUAAAAUAACUGUACAUGGUGAGGUAAUGACUGGAGCAACUUUGGAACAGAUCUUCAUCGUUGAAUACACUGUCAGUCAUCAAAUGUGUAAUGAUUGUCAUCGUACAGAAGCUAAGGAUUACUGGAAUGCUUCUGUACAAGUAAGACAGAAAGCUAUAAAUAAAAAAACAUUUUACUACUUAGAACAGCUUAUUUUGAAACACAAAGCUCAUGAGAAUACAGUUGCCAUCAAACCCAUACACGAUGGAUUGGACUUCUUUUAUGCUAAUGAAGCUGGAGCAAGAAAAAUUACUGAUUUUAUAAUUUCAGUAUUACCUUGUCGUUACCAGCAUUCAAAAAAGCUUAUUUCUCAUGAUAUUCACAGCAAUACUUAUAACUACAAAUUCACUUUUAGUAUUGAAAUUGUUCCUAUAUCAAAGGACAGUAUUGUCUGUUUGCCAAAAAAACUAGUGCACCAAUUAGGAGGUAUAAAUCCUAUUUGUCUAGUAUACAAAGUUACAAGUGGCAUACAUCUGAUCGAUGUAUCAUCAGGCCAAGUAACUGAAGUCAGUGCAAAUGUUUACUGGCGUCAACCAUUCAACAGUAUCUGUAAUCCAAAGCAAUUGAAGGAAUUUGUUGUCAUUGACAUUGAGCCAAUAAAGGAUAAAGAAAUAAAAAGAUUCCCUGGGCAAGGCCAUAUUUCAAAGAAACAUGUAAUUGCAGAUAUAUGGGUAGUUAAAUCAGAAGAUUUAGGACUAGAUCAGAAUACAAUACAUGCCAGAACUCACUUGGGAGGAAUUUUGAAACCAGGUGACUCUGUACUGGGCUACACUCUCAGUGAAAAUAAUAUCAAUGAUGAUAAUUUUGAAAUAUUAGAUCAAGACAGUGUACCAGAUGUCAUCUUAAUAAAAAAAUAUUAUGGUAAUGAAAAAUCAGCUCGCCGUAGAGCUAGAAUGUGGAAACUUAAGCAUUUGGCUGAAGAAAUAGAUAUUGGUUCUGAGAACAACGAGUACAAUGAAUUCUUGGAGGAUCUCGAGGAAGAUCCAGAGUUGAGAUCGAACAUCAACAUAUACAGAGACAGUAAGAAACAAAUUCCAGUUGACUCCGACUGCAUUGAUCCUAUGAUGCCACAGAUCACACUUGAAGAGAUGCUUGAUGAUCUUGUCAUAGAAGAUACAGUUAUGCUUGAAGUGUACAAUUGAAAUUAAUUUCUUAAUGUUACUUCUGUUUACACUGUAUACUACUAAAUUAUAGGGAU